AUGAGGUUUUUCGUCGCCAGCGCCCUGGCUGUCUUUGCGCCACUCGCCCUCGCCGCGGCUGAUGCUCUCGAGUACAAGAAUACCGCCGCUGGGCAGGUCAUCAAGGAGGGUGUCAAGCUACGAAUCCUACCCAUCGGCGACUCUAUUACAGUGGGAUAUCAGAGUUCCGACAAGAACGGGUAUAGGCAAAGACUACAAGAGAACCUGUCCAAAAAUGAGGUCGUCUUUGCGGGGACCGAACACUCCGGUUCCAUGAACGACCCUUAUCAUGCGGCUUGGAGUGGACGAACAAUCAAAUACAUCAGCGACAGCGUCCCUCAAUCCCUGAAGCAACGUCCAAACGUCGUCCUCUUACAUGCCGGCACCAACGACAUGAAUCUGAAUGAACUAAUCUCCUUUGAAGGGAACGACCCCGCCGGCGCAGCUCUACGGCUUGGUGCGCUUAUUGACAAGAUCAUCGCCGCCUGUCCAGACGCCGCUGUCCUGGUUGCCCAGAUCAUCAACACCUGCGAUCCCGGACAGCAACCGGGGACGGAGGUCUUCCAGAAGCUCAUCCCGGAAGUCGUCCAGAAGCGGAGAGAUGACGGUCACCACGUCUUGGCUGUCGACUUUGCAGCCGCAGGUGACGACAUCUUGUCCAAGGACUGCAUCCAUCCCGACGACGACGGGUACCACAAGAUGGGCGACUACUGGUACGACUUUAUCACGCAAAUACCAAAGGACUGGAUCAACCAGCCUGUUGGUGACGACCCCAAGAGGUCCGCCCUACCGUCGUCCAAGGCUGUCCCUGGGGACGACAGCGGCAGUGGCACUAGCGACAUGUUCAAGGCGAAUUUGGCACUGCUCUUCGUAGCUCAGGCACUUCUAAGUCUAAUUUUUAAUUGGUAA